GGACCCAGCGGUUUGGUGGGCGUGGUUUACGGGAGCAAGAUGGCGCCCGCCAUGCUGAUGCGGAAGGUUCUGCUGUGGCCCGCAGCCCAGGGACUCCUCCGGAACUUUUGGGAGCAACUGCAGCGGAAACUUCGGCAGAGCCGGCUAGGCUUUCCCAGUCCUCAGUGGGGACCAGCAUUAGCGGUCCAAGGUCCAGCUAUGUUUACAGAACCAGCAAAUGAUACCAAUGGAAGUAAGGAGAUUUCCAGCUUUUUGGAGAACAUCUUUUGGAUGGCAGCUCCCAAAAACAGACGCAGCAUUGAAGUUAACAGGUGUAGGAGAAGAAACCCUCAUAAGCUUAUUAAAGUUAAGAACAAUAUAGACGUUUGUCCUGAAUGCGGUCACCUGAAACAGAAACACGUCCUCUGUGGCUAUUGCUAUGAGAAGGUGCGUAAAGAGACAGCGGAAAUCAGACGACAGAUAGGGAAGCAAGAGGGAGGCCCUUUCAAGGCUCCUACCGUGGAGACCAUGGUGCUGUACUUGGGGGAGACACCCUCCAAGCAAGACCAGGGCAAGAGGAUCAUCGAGCGAGAACGGAAGCGGCCAUCCUGGUUCACCCAGAAUUGACAGCAAACAUGUUUCUAGAGGAUAACUUCACACAAGUCGUUUCUCCUGAAAAAGAGGAAGAUUCUUUGUUUUUAUGUUGGUUGUGUGCUUGUUUUUAAAUCAUCAGCAUAGCCUGAAACAUUCUUUAUAAGCACUUAGUUUUUUGCGGGUAAUUUGAAGAAUGCAUCAGGAGUAAAGUCUGAAAAUGUUUGUUUAUGCAGAGGCUCAAUGGAUUUAUGUGUCUGUUUCUAUUAUACUAUGAAGUUUUAGUGAACAGAAUUUUCAGGACAGAAAAAUGAAACCUAAUUUAAAAUUCGCAGCCAGAAUUAUGCGUCUGGGCUCUGGUUUUGUUUGUUUGCCACUGGUUUUUCUUACAAGAAUACUUACACAAAUGCUUUUGUUUAAGUAACACCUGAAAAUAGGUUAUUUAAAUUCUGGGUAUCGCUUUUUUAAGAUGGUACAUGUAGCAGGAAGAAAAAGUUCGUUCUGUUUGGUUUUUUCGUUUGUUUCAGCAAAUUAAAAUGGCCUCUGUAUGGCCCUUAUAGGAGACAUGUUCGUUUACUUAGAAGUAGUUCUUGACAUUUCGCAUUAAAUCAAGAUGACAUUCAGAAUUCA